CAACCCUGACAUUACUCUCAACCACCAGCCCCAACCACUCUUCUACCAUCCACCAGUACACCUUAAAUGUUUUGACCGCACGCCUGAGCUAUAAAUAUCUGUUGUGUCUUGCCUCUUCUUCUUACUCUUCAUUCCUCAUCUUCCUGUCUAUUGUGUCUUGCCUCUUCUUAUUACUCCUCUUUCUACACGAUGGAACAAGACCCAAAUCCAUUCCUCCGCCAUUGCAAAGGUCAAAGCAACAACUCUGGCAGCUCUCGUCCUCUCAUUCCUGGCCCGGCUGGCGCCAUCCAGGCUGCCAUGUAUGCCCGUAGAUCCACCCCUAACACACCACUCAUUCCGACCCAGGAAAUCGUGAGGCGUGUGCUAGAUCAUGGAUCAACCGAAACCGAUCCUGAUUUCAACUCACAUGCUUGGCUAUCAGCCCUGCAAGAGUGGGGAAUAGCCACUCCGCUGGGCUCUCUGACAGCGAACGUUGAGAGGGUGGAGAAUGUUGUUGCUGUUAUCAAAUCUUGCACUCCCAAUGGGUUUGGAGAUGCGAAAGUUACCCUCAAGGACCUCACGGGUGCUGUUGAUGCUAGCAUCCACCGCAAGGCAUUUACUCACAGUGAAUUUGCGAAUGACAUAACUGUUGGAUCUGUUCUCGUUCUCCAAAAGGUUGCUGUGUUUGCACCUAGAGGAACUGUUUGUUAUCUUAAUAUAACAUGAAGGUAUUCCCAAAAGAUUGCGGACCCCAUGACUUCAUCGAUAUCACAGAGGAAUAAUUUUGUUUUCGGUGUUGCUUAUGUUUAAUUUGGUUGUGUAACCGUUUAACUUAUUGUCAUGGAUUACUACAUGCUUUGAAUUAUUUAUAUGUUGUCGUUGUUUCUGUUUUUUUCAUUAUAAGAGUCAUAAUAUUAAGACUAAAAAUAUAACACAUGUAAAUAAAACGAGGCAAGAGUCAUAACAUAACAUAAAAAGUCCUAACAUAUACAUAAUAAUGGAUCCCACAUAACAAGUGUAAUAAAAUCACUCUCCCCGACCCCGCCCCCUGCGACCUCUGGGUCCACGAGCUCGACCUCCACGAACACCCUCUCCAGGAUCACCCUCUCCACGAGCUCUGCCUCCACGAGCUCCGCCUCCACGGGGUCUGCCUCCACGAGCUCUGCCUCCACGAGCUCUGCCUCCCGCAGCUGCGGCUCCUCGAAUAGCAGAAAAGGCAACUCCCUGGGUACCAACGAAGGAAC